ACUUUCUUCAAAAAUCACCAUCAUCAUUUCGCAUGUGGUUUGAAGGGAAACCGGCAGUACGUUGUUUGAAUGUGUUGCUCGUGAGCGUGUUACCUACAUUUUGUUGCAAGAGUCCCUUCGUGAAGCUGUCACGAUGUUUACUCCUCGCCGAGGGGGUUCGAGAAGCAGUCCGUUCGUGACGACGACGCCAGCUCUGUUGUCCAGAAGUCGCCUCAGCGCCACGCCGUCAACACCUUUUGGACGCUCGCCGCGAACGCCCGGGUUUCUUUCGCAGAGCCAGCAUUUGGACAGCUCGCUUCACAGGUCCGAAAUCUUGGAGGAGACGGCCGACCAUGUUGUCGAAAUCUUCGGCGCUGAUCUGCCGGUUCUCGUGGGCGAAGCCAUCGUCAAGGCCGAGCCGGGAACUGACAUUAAUGCCCGGAUAUCGAGUUCUGGCUGGGCAUGGCUCGUCUGUGGCCGGAAGCUUUUUGUGUGGCAGUACGAGCAGGAUGCGCGCAACAGGAGGUGUCGGAUGCUGAUGCUCCCACCGAGCGACCUCGCACACCGGGCGGACUUGGCAUGCAUUCUCCUACGAGACGGGCUCGCCCCCGCCGCCCUGGCAGUGUCUCCUGCGGGGAUCUUGCGCUAUUGGCCCAACAUUGCCCACGAGGGCUCCUCGACGGAUGCCCUGGCCGACUUGCAGGGAGAAGAGUGCUGCUCCCUCACGGACCUUCAGCCUAUCGGUUGUGUCCUUGCAACGACCACAAGUUCCCUGAUGCUGGUGACUCCAACCGCGGUCGAGGGCCAGACAACGCUGGUGUUCAAACCGCUGCGGGCGCCCCAGGGCAUCUUGGCAGGGAUUGGACGACGCGUGUCUUCCUUCAUCUUCGGAGCCAUGCCCUCUCAGUCGUCUGAAGUGCGCCAUCUAGUGAAAGUUCUGGCUGAGCCUUUGGAAGACGAAGAGGAGAAAUACUUGUACGUCCUGAUGCGCAACAGUGUUCAGAAGUGGUACCUCGAAGACGGAAGCCCAGAGAAGCUUUGCUGCGAGUAUGAUCUGGAUCGUCCCAUGAAGGAGCAGUUCCACAGUGCCCUGUGGGAUCGGGAGGAUACGCUCCCAAGGCUCCUGAAGGCCUGGUGCAUCGACAUGCAGUUGACAACGAACGGAGUGACGGUGCUGAUGGCUGCCCUGAAUCCACAGGUGUCUCAGCAAUUGCAUUUUGCCCUUGGUACCGUGGACCUGUGUGACCCGGGGUCCCCAGCCCCGGCCAGUCCUCCCGGCUUCUCGGAAUUCUCGGUGCUUCGGUUCUCGGAGCAGUACACGGAGAAAGACGAAGAGGCACUCUUGGGCUACAAGUUUGUGCUGCCAUCAGUUAACCGGAAAGCCAGUUAUGUCUACAAUGACACUAAGGUUUUCUGCAUUUCCCGUAGCGGCCUGGAAGAACUUGAUGUGUUCAAGAGGGACAGGAUCCUUGGGGCAGGGUCCUACAAAGGGAUGCCACUGUUCUUUUCGGAGUUCAACGGCUUUGUUCGUGUGCGCUCCAUCCAUGCCCCUGCCCAGGACGUCAGUCACUCUGUUCUGGCCUCCCUUCAAGAGCCAGAGGACGCCGAUUUGGAGAGCACCACCGUCGAGGAAAGCCAUUAUGCCAGGCUGCGAUCUGCCUUCAUCCUGUUUUGCAAGAGCGAGAAUCUCAAGAGCGAGGCGAUGGUGGACAAGGCGUUCCCGGGGCGGUCGUCGGAGGUCUCGACAGAGCCGGACUCUGCGCUGGACCAGUGCGUGUGCCGCCUAGCACGGCGGCUGACGGACGACGUGCCUGUGUCGGACCCGCGCUGGGUGCACUCUAGGGGGGCCGGGCCCGGCUCUUCCUCCUCUCUCCUGAUCCACCACCAGCUGGAGGACAAGCAGCAGGCCCACCGUCUGCUCGUCAGCUUCCUCAAGGACGUCGGGCUCUGGAAUAGGCUCUAUGCGGUGACUGUGAGGGGUUCCCCGCUUGCCACGAACCUGCUGCUGCAGGAGCAUGCUGAGAAGCUGGUGGCUGCCAUACACCUGCAUUCUCUGCAAGUUCAGUAUGGCGGCGUGGUUGACGACAGCAUCAGGCGGGUGAUCCAGGGGCGACAGGCGUCGCCAUCUGGGAGCCUCACGGCCGUCGACCACUUCUACCAGCAGGUGUCCGAGAUUGACGCCGUCUUUCCUGCGCUGGUGGAGGAAGAAGAGGAAGCGCUGCAGAAGGAACUCUCUCCCAAGGAAGCCUUCGAGCUCAUCACGCUCGUCAACGCAGUCCUUGUGAAAGUGCUGCAGGAGGCGUGCCUGUUCAGGGAGAAGGAGCAGCAGUUCUACGAGUCCGACCGGGAGCUGUCGCUCGAGCACUGCCCCUGGACCUCCGCCCUACGGGACGUGCUCUGCAAGCAGCACGCACUGACGGUGACGAACGCAGUUCCUUUGGCGGGAGACGCACCCUCCCGAGGUCAGGUGUUCCAGCAGUUGACGGACCUGACGGAUCUCGUUCUCGCUGGCUACAAGGUCCAUCUGGACUCUUUGGGCCACGACUUCAUGGCGUACGAAAGACUCGAGCUCAAGUUUCAGCAAGAUCGGAGCCGCCUCAUUGGUUCCCUGGUGAAAGCCAGCCAGUACGAGAGGGCGGCAGCUCUCGCCGAGAAAUACUUUGACUUUGGCUCCCUCGUGGAGAUCUGCGAGGCCACGAGCAACAAGGACAGGCUUCAGAGCUACAUGAGCCAGUUCGCAGAACAGGGUUUCUCCGAGUUUGUUUUCAAGUGGCAGCUUGACUCUGGCCGCCGUGGGGACCUGCUGCGGCAGCCCCCUGCCCAGCACCGGGACCUGGAGCGCUUCUUGGAAGGCCACGACCAGCUCAGCUGGCUGCACCACAUCCAGACAGGCCAGUUCGGCCGGGCAGCCCAGACCCUGGAGCGGCUGGGCAAGAGGGAGGAGAAGUUCCUCGCCCGCAAGAAGACGCUCUUCAGCCUGAGCAAACUGGCUGCCCUGGCUAGCAAUGACCCUCCAGAAGUUAAGGAGAAAAGAGUCAAAGAUGCUAUCAAGGAGCACGACCUUAUCAUGUACCAGGAGUCGUUGCCUCCUGCUGUCAUGGAGGCCUACUGUUUGGACCCAGACAACAUGAGAGUGCUCAGUCCGGAGGAACUGAUCGAGAUGUAUGUCAGCAAGGACAAUGUCGACGCUAAUGAGUACGACUUCAUGAAGGCCCUAGAACUUCUCGACUUCAUCCCCGACAGUGCCACGGCGCAUAGGCUUCGAAUGCAUGUCUGGUGCCAGGCCAUGCUGAGGGACCAGUGGGAGGACCUGGAUACUGACCGUCCAUUAGAGACAAUGAAAGAGCUUCUCUUCUUUAGGAUUGUCGAGCUUGCAUUCUCUCAGAAUGUUGAUUUGAAGGAGUUCUUGCCUUGGGUGGAAGACCUGCUUGACAUGCCAGAGCUUUCGGAUGUGAAGGGGAAUCCGAACGUAUUGUUUAUGCUGAAAGCCGGCUACGAGCACAUUGAACGCCUGAUAGCGUGAUUACCACCUCAAAGACCCCUUGUAACGAGGUUUCUUUGUACAGAAUCAUCGAUACUUGUCAAUACCCAUGCCACAGAUUUCAUUGGUGAAUGUGUCGUACGUGCUAAGUUGUUUAGCACGCUUUGUUUUUGCAAAGUGAGGAAACAAUGUUUUGGAAAGCGUUUAUUGAAGUAUUCAAAAGAAGUGAUGCAUGUUGCAGUUCUGCUAAAAUGUUUUUAAUAAAUUUGCAUAGUUUAUAGCAAUGAUAA